AUGUCUCGACCUGUAACCAGAGAUUGCCACGGCUCUGGCUCUGAGCGGCUCCGGCACCGAACCGGGGGAUUUUUGGGGUCGGCUCCGGCUCCCGAGCCCAAAGUCGGAGCCAGGCUUCCCAGCUGUCAGAAAGGUAAAAAUUUCGUGAUCUUGUUAAACCAAACUGCUUGAAAAACACUGCGGAGGAUGUGACUUGACUGCAAAAACGUUGGCUGUGUGAUCUCUGGCACAAAUAACUUUCAUUUUUUGGAAAAAUAUUUUUUAAAAACAUUUUGAAUAGGAGCCGGGAUUCGGAGCCGGAGGCCUUUUUAAAUUUUGCACGGAGCCAAGAGCCGGAGCCGGAGCAGCAAAUUUGGCCUCGGCUCCGGCUCUGGGAGCUAAGAGCCGGAGCCGAAAUUUUGACCGUGGCAAUCUCUGCCUGUAACUCCAUACCCCAUAGAGGUACUUUCCUUGUGAGAAAAAUGCAUUGUGCGCCGCGAAAAAACGCGUCAAAAACUGUCGACAUUCAUUUUGAAAACAAAAAAAUGAGAAUAUUCAUGAAUCCAGAAAAUCCCCGGAUUUUUACAACAUCUUUGAAAAGCCAGUACCUCUACCAUCCCUCCAACAAUAAGCAAAAUAAAAAAGGAACAAAAAUUCCCCGUGCGACAACGUUCUGUGACCCAUUUAGCGCCCUGAAAUUUGCAGAUUAAUCUAGCCAGAAAACGUCAUUUCCCCCGCCAAAUCACCGGCAAAAAUCGCUGCAGAACUGGGUCCUCGGAGUAGUGGGGGGAAUUCAGUAGCGGCUGAUGACCUUCACGAGAUCUUUCAAAUCGUCAAAGGCUUUUUAAAAAACACAAAAAUGUAGCGGAGAUCACUUUCUGAAGGCAAAUUCCAAAUAUUUACUGCAAAUUUUGUAAUUACAAACUCAUUUUUGAGCCAAAACUGCAGCCGAAAGCCCCGCUUCACCCCAAAAAAACGAUAUUCUCCAUGUUUAAAAGUGCGUGAAAGAGGGGAAGGAGAACAUCCAGACGUCCCUCGUCGUUUUUUUCGCAUUUUUACGACACGUCUGUCGACGAAAAAAAUAAUAAAAAAAAUUGUUGAGAAAUUGUCGGAGUCAUCCGCGCGUCUGGAAGCAAUGUCGGAAGAGAAAGAAAGUGGUGUCUGAUGUUUGAAAAAGAGGUUUUUGGAGCUGCCUACGGCGAGUUGUGAAUGAGGGAAAUGAGAGUUUGGAAGCUUCAAAAACACAAAUGUGAUGAUUACACAAAAAAUUUGAUUUUGAGCAAUUUGAAAAGGAAAUUUUGUUGAGUUCUCCAAGUGCGACGCUUAGAUUUUCUUUAAAUUUUGCACACACGUCGGGAAUAGACUAAAUAUCAAUUGCUGAAAGUUUUAGCUCGCGCUUUGCGGGCGCCGCUGAGAUAUCGAACGAUUUUUGCCGCCGAGAGAGCACGCUAAACGUGGAGAGCGGUCGGAGAGAAACCCGCUUUUUGGCUAUAACUUUGGCAGUUUCGUGCGGAAAAGUUUGAUUUUUUGUAGAAACAUUUUCCUCUACGGUUGAAAUAGGCAUGAAACUUUUCGUGCCGAAAUUCGGCAAAAAGUCCUAAAUUUUGGCCGACUUUUGAUCUAAAAAUCUCGGUUGUUUCUGCAAAGCGCGAGCUAGGAUUCUCGCAUAUAUCCUAGAAAAAAUUAUUCUAAAUUUGUGCCAAGUUUCAUUAAAAUCUGAGCGUCGCACUUGGAGUACUUCCCGACGCUCAGAUUUUGAUGGAAUUUGGCACAAAUUUAGCAAAAUCUUUUUCAAGAUAUAUGCGAGACUCCUAGCUAGCGCUUUGCAGAAACAACCGAGAUUUCUCGAUCGAAAAUCGGUGAAAUUUUGAUACUUUUUUUUUGUGAAUUUUGACUUGAAAAGUUCGAUGCCUAUUUCCUCCAUAGAGGCUAAUGUCUUUGUGAAAAAUAAUUUAUUUUAGUUCUUGUCAUUGACCGCAAUACAUAAUCCUCUACGGCAGAAGUAGGUAUGAGACCUUUCACGACAAGAUUUGCCGAAAAAAGGUGUCGCCAACUUUUUUGGCCAACAGACCUAAAUGUCUCGGUUGUUUCUGCAAAAGGCGACCUUGGAGUCUCGCAUAAGUUUUAAAAACGUUUUUAUAUACUCAUGCCGAGCAUAGUGGACCUGAUCCAGUGACAAAAACCGUACCAUUUUGCAUCCGGGAAGUAUCAAAAAAGUGGCAAAAUACCUCCCUCUUUAAGUGGAAAAAAUCCGGUUUCAAAAGCGUGCCCGCUCUUUUUGUGAAAGAAAAAUUGUGAGGGAAUUCUUUCUAGUUGGAGACGGAGGCAUUUUACCACACUUCUUGAUACUUUCCGGAUGCAAAAUGAUACUUUUUUGCCACUGGAUGAGGUCCGUCACUAUAGCAUGGGUCUUACAGAAGAUUAACAUAAACUUUCUUUUCAUUAAAGGCCGAGCAUUUCAUUCUAUUCCAUUUCCCUAUAAUUUUUUAGUCACCGUAUUCACCAUCCUUUCAUUAUACACAUAAUUACAGUCCUCUCUAAUUUCAGACUACCCCACCGAGAACUGGGAUGGAAAGAAGAAGUUUGUGAUUGAAUCCCGCGGCCCACUUGGCCCGGCAGCCCUCUUCCAGACCGUCGCUUACAUGACCAUUGGAGUCAUGCUUUUCCUGCUUGCAUUGUUCAUGUUUGUCGUUGAAUUCGGCGGCUCUACUUUCGUCAAAGGACGAGAGUUUUUGAGCAGUGUACAGCAGAGGAUGGCUGUGCAAAAUCUUGACGGUAUAUGA